AUGAAUUAUUCACGAAUAGGGAAGGGACGGCUCCAUCCGGCCUACAGUCUGAGUGGAAGCGAGGGGGAGGAAAAUUCAAUAGGACCCCGAGUGACCCGACUGGCAACCUCGCAGUCGAUUUACUCACAAAGCCAGCCUGGUCAGUCCCACAAUCACUACAACACAGCUCACAAACGUGGCGGCGCUAGUGGGUUCCAGCAGCCGCAAUUGUAUCACGUGACAAGUAGCGUCGCUGGAUUGAGUGAUACUCCGACCUCGGGAAACGCAAGCGACGAAACUCUUACUGACUGCGAGCUGACCCAUCUUGCACGCGAGUGGAACGCGUAA